UCCACUUCCGGGGGAGGAGCUUGACAACUUGGAGUGCGAGUUGGAGCGGCUCGGUCAAGUACUGAACGUGGAGUGCGAGUUGGAGCGGCUCUGUCAAGUACUGAACGUGUCUGUGUUUUGCGCUUCCAAGGUCGUUUAGCACCGAAGAAGGCGGCCGAAGCCCGACAGCUCCUUUGCUUCCGGUCAUCAUGUCGAGUCUGCAGUGCAGCGUCCAGCUGUCGGUUCGUCCGUCCAGAUGCCUGGUGGACGAGAAGUUGACCAUCCUAGUGCAUAGUGCGCCCCCUAGUGCCCAUCUCACCCUGCGCGCCUUCCACCGCUGCGAGGACGGACAUGGGUGGGAGGCCUACGCUCACUACCUGACAGACGUCGCGGGUUCCUUCAACGCAACCAAGGAUCCCAGCCUGGGCGGGACAUACACCGGGGUGGAGCAGAUGGGUCUUUUUUGGAGCAUCAGACCAGUUCCUGGAAGUCAACCUGGACUCAGGAUGAGGAAGAAGAAUGUGCAGAUCCCAAUGGAGUUCACCAUCUCGGUCUACCGGGACCACCUCAGUGACUUUGCGGAUCGGGUCCCACUGGCCUCCCAGGUGUUGGAGCGCUGGUACGUGGCGCCCGGCGUUCUCAGGAGCCCUGUUACGGGCCAGGAACUGACGGCGACCCUUUUUCUGCCCGCAGGUCCGGGACCGUUCCCUGCCGUACUGGACCUGUGGGGUGGCGGAGGGCAGCUGGUUGAAUACCGGGCGGCGCUCUUCGCCUCGCACGGCUUUGCCGCCAUGGCUUUGGACUACAUGACCCCGAAGAUAACGCUGGAGACUGGCAAGAUGGUGGACAACACCUAUUUCGAGAAGGCCUUUGCGUUCCUGCAGCGCCACCCUCGGGUGCUGGCCGAGCGCGUGGCCAUGUUGGGUCUCUCCUUUGGAGUCAGCGUCACGCUCAAGAUGGCCGCCUACUCGCGCGUACUCAAGCCCAGGUGUGUGGUGUCCAUCAGUGGAAGUCACGUGCAGCCCGUGGAGGGAACUAUAGCGGACAUUUUAUCUUACUUUGAUCAGAACGGGCACAAGGCUCAACUGAACGACAAGAACGAGGCCAUCAUGAGAACCUUGCUGCUGCCAAUCCCGACCGACCCCGCCUUCAAAGUGGACAUGGGCCGUGUGCAGUGCCCCCUGUUGGUGGUGGCAGGCGAGGACGACCAGAACUGGCCGGCCUGUGAGUCUGCUGAAGAUAUGAAGAAGAUGAUGGAGCGGGCGGGCAACGUCCACCUGCUGAGCGUUGCGUCGUACCCUAAAGCAGGACACUUGCUGGAGCCUCCGUACUCGCCGCACACCAGAGUCAGUUCUUUCAGAUCCGUGGGCACUCGGGAGAAGCUCACGGCUCUGUGGGGAGGCGAGUGUGCGGCGCACUCGCUGGCUCAGGAGGACGCCUGGAGGAAGACCUUGGACUUCCUGCGCCACCAUUUGUAUGCGUGAAGAGCAAAGUGGACUGAAGACCAGAGAACAUGACUGUAGCUUGUUGCCAAGCUCACCAUGCAUCAAAUGUUCGUGUCGUUCGUCUGUGGCUGAAGCAUUCGUACUGCCCCCUGGUGGCCGAAAUGCACACACCUGACACGCUUCCCAUUGAAUUGUUGCACUUCCUUAAUGAUGGCGCACCAACUGUUGAAUUCCAUUUGAGAAUUUCAAUUUUGGAGGCUGCUAGAUCUCGAUUAAAAAAACAUGCCAAUGACGAAA